UUUUAUGGGGUUUUUAUGGGGUUUGGGGUAUUGUGGGACGAGAGCGGGGUGUUCAUCUACACCACCAGCAACCACAUCAAAUACGCCGUGCCCACCGGCGACCACGGGAUCAUCCGCACUCUGGACCUGCCCAUCUACGUGACGAGGGUGAAAGGGAACAACGUUUACUGCCUGGACCGCGAGUGCCGACCCCGCGUGCUGACCAUCGACCCCACCGAGUUCCGCUUCAAACUCGCCCUCAUCAACCGCAAAUACGACGAGGUGAGGAAAAAUCCUAAAAAAACCCAAAAGGGACGAUCCUAA